AUGUAUGGUUAUUUUUUGAUAUUGAAAGAAAAAUCCAAUAAAUGGAACAACUAUGCUAUUUAUCAGGAUUGUAUUCGGGUUUUAGGUUCAGAAGAAGCUUCAAAACAUAAAUUUACAAAUACCAAGCAUGUAUGUGUAAAUCAUCCUAAAAGUUGUCCUUAUUGGGCCAAAAGACAUACUUCAGAACAAACUAUAAUUAAGAAGGAAGGGGAUGAAGGGGAUGAAGAGGAAGGGAAUGAAGGGGACAAAAGAGGUGGAAGGGAUGCAUUUCAAUUAACUUUUCAUAUUCCACUACCACAAUUACCUCCUUUUGGUCUGCUUGAUAAUUAUGUAUAUCGUGAGUUAAAACCUGAACAAAUAGAAACAUUUGAACAAUUAUUGUUAAAUGUUACUGUUGCAUGCAGGUUUUCUUUUUGUUGGGUUGAAAAUUUGGCGGUUAAAGAACUUUUUAAAUGGAUUAACCCAAUAUUAUGUUUGCCAAGUCGAAAACAGCUUAGUG